AUGGGUAGCCCUCUUCUCCAUGAAUUCAAGAGACAAGCUUCUUUCUUCUUCAAAGAGAAAAUCAAGACUGCUCGUUUGGCACUGACUGAUGUUACACCAACAGAACUGUUGACAGAAGAGAUCACAAAUGGAGAUCUUUGGGCACCAGAUACACGCGCUAUGGGUAUUAUUUCACGGGCUGCCUUUGAAGUUGAUGAUUACUGGAGAAUUGUGGACAUUCUACACAAGAGGUUAAUAAAAUUUGACAGGAAAAUUUGGAGAGCUUCUUACAAGACUUUGCUUCUAUUGGAACACCUUCUAACCCAUGGACCUCUAAGAGUUGUUGAUGAGUUUCAGUGUGAUAUAGAGGUCAUCAAGGAGAUGGUUAGCUUCCAGUUCGUCGAUGAGAAAGGAUUCAAUUGGGGAUUGAGUGUCAGAAAACUAUCUGAGAGAACACUGAAGCUACUUGAAAAUGGACUAUAUCUCAAAGAAGAAAGGGCAAGCGCUCGUAAGUUGACACGAGAGAUUCAAGGGUUUGGUAGCUUAUGCCAACGAUCCUCUUCAGCUGAUGAAAGCUUUAAAGAAUUAGGCUUCAGAAAAUGUUUCAGGUGCAACUCUGACUAUAGCUAUAAAAACAAUCAAGAAAAAGAUGACGAGUUCAUGGACUCGAACGAGAAGCUUUUGUUCGAUGAAAGAAUCCAAAUCCAUGAAGAUACCAGCCAGCCGGCUCUUGAAAACCCAGUGAAGAUUAGCAGAGAGGAAUAUACGGCAGAAGAUCAUCCAUUCUACAACAAUCAUCAUCAUACUACAGUAUCCCUUCUUUCCGCUACAGAAUGA